GGCAGCUCCAACCAGUCUGUCAGAGUACAGGAUAAUUGUUACCAUGGUGACGCGUUAUUUACUGAAUCUAAUUUUCUUUUGUCUUCAUUUUGGAUCUUUUCCCCUCCAAACCAAGAUGGCUGCCUCGUCCUCUUCUUCCUCCUCUUUCCUUCCCCUCCUCCUCCUCUUCCUCACUGUUGCCGUGGAGUCGAGACCUUCACCUCAGCGCCACGACACACAGGUCUUACACUCUCUGUUCGGCUCUCGUCUCUCGUCUCUCAUCUUGGCGCCGCCCACCUCUGAUGACAUCACGGAGGGCUCUGCCGGUCGGCCCCACCCCCCCUCAGUGUCCUCCUCCAGGGGACAGGCUGCGAGUCAUUUCGCUGCGAGGGGAUUGGCUGGCAGACAGGAGGCGGUGCCGCGGUUCUUCCUCGACUUCCUCCAGCGACAGACCAAAAUGAGGAGGCGGAGCAGGAACUCGAUGGUUGGAGGGAGGGGCUGCUUCGGGAUGAAGAUGGACCGCAUUGGCUCCAUCAGCGGGCUGGGCUGUUAGAGCCCUGUUGCCACGGUGACCCCUGUCCUUCAGACUGUCGGUCCUCUGUGACGAUGACCGAGACAUGUGAGGUCACGGCGGGUGACCCUGAGCUGACCUUGCAUGACCUCUGACCUCCAGGGCCCACCAGUCAGACUCCAUGUUGGAACAUUGCUAAUGACGAACUAAUCUGAAAGAAACACACCUGUAGUGAGGUAGACACAGGUAGACGUCAGAGGCAGAAGACGCUCCUCUGGAAUCCUACUGAUGACCUCUGACCUCCGACCCCUGGCUUCAACACAGCCAGCAGGACAGUGUGUGUGUGUGAGUGUGUGUGUG